UAGACUACAACCUGCUUCAGACGACGCCCCGUCGCCCAUGAGAUUUGCACCUCCGUCGUGCGUCUUUUCCGCUCUAGAGGAUAUCAGUGUGGUCUUGUCAUCAUCAUCAUUAUUAUUAUUGUCGGGCUGUGCGCGCGAGCUGCCCGCGGCAUCACCUCACCAAUAACAGACGGGGUGCCAGUCAGAAGAAGAAGAGGAAGAAGAAGAGAGGGAGGAAGAGGAGGAGGAGGAGAGGAACGGGGUGACAGAGUAUUCCGAAUUGACGCUCAGAAAUAAACAAGUAGACAGACAGACACCCUGUUUGGAAGACCGUCUGCGGCGGGAAGCGAACGGGAUCUGCAACUGAGAUGGCUGAGGUGUCACAAGAGGAGAGACUCCAGGCCAUCGCUGAGAAAAGGAAGAAGCAGACAGAGAUUGAAAACAAGAGGAGGCAGCUGGAUGAUGACCGACGGCAACUCCAGCAUCUCAAGUCGAAGGCACUGAGGGAGCGCUGGUUGUUAGAUGGAGCUCCAGCAGAGGAGGAGACUCAGAAGCGUCUCCAAGAGGACGAAGUAAAGACCAAACUUCUGGAGCAGGUCAUCCUCAGGCUGGAGCAGGAGAUUGAAGAACUGGAGACAGGCGUGCCAGCCAAUAAGGGUGUGGCCAAAGAAAAUGGAGGUGAAAAUGGAGUAGUGCAGACCUCUGGUCAGACCCCAAAGAGAGAGGUGACAGGGAUUGAAGCCAAGCUGCUGGGUCCCAGUCCUGACCAAGCUAGCGCAGACAACCCCGUCACCUUGGUGUUCAUGGGCUACAAGACCGUUGAAGAGGAGCAGGAGACCCACAAAGCCCUGGGAAUGGAAGGGGUGGACGGCAACGUAAAGGCUGAGUUUGUUGUGAUCGAAGAUGGGGAGGGGAAAGCUGGAGGAGAGGCAGCCACAGAGGAGCAGGCUCCACCCAACGGGAGCAUGGCAGAGAAGGAAAAGGCCAACGGAGGCGGGGAGGAGGGAGAGAAGGAAAAGGAGAAGAAACAGACCUGCAAAUGCUGCACGGUCAUGUGAGCUGUGUAUGUGAAUGCGGGUGUGGGUGUGUGUGUGUGUGUGUAUGGAUGAGUACACAACUGCACCUGUGUAGGCAAGUGUGCCAUUGCAUGUGUCUGUAUUUGCAGAUGUGUGUAACUUUGUGUCUGUGUGGGAGUGUGUGUGUUUGUGUGUAUGUGUGUCAGGACUGGAAAAAAACAAAAGCCGAAGUACACAGCCAAUAUACCAACAAUGAGAGCCAAUACAAGCUCCAGCUACAACAACAAGAACCACAAAGACUCAUAAGUACACUUUACUCUGUAUACUUUCUCUGAUGUGUAUUUGACUUUUGGUUUCUAUUGAUAUUUUUCUAUUUUUCUGUCUUGACAUUUAUAUUGUAUUCAGUAUGUAUAUCUUUAUUAUGGGACUGUGUACUGUAAGUUCAUUGUUAUUAUUGUUGGAAAAAAAGAAAAUGUAUUAGCUCUCUGGACUGUACUGCUACCCACUGGGGGAAAUCUGGAAACUUUAAAUCAUUUAAGUCAAAACAGCAAACUAUGAAGGACACAGACACUUAAAUAUAUAUAUUUCUCUGUGUAGGCCUACCAACUAUUUAUCAGUCAAUUUCAUAUUGCAAUAUUGUCUAAGAUAUUAUUUUAAAUAGUAUUUUAAUAUAUUGAUAUGAAAUUAUGUUUUAUACAAUGUAUUUAUUGUUUUUGGUUCUCUAUAUCAUCGCUAACCAUUAACUGCAUGUAAGCUUGUAAGCUCUACCAGAUUUGCGUUACAAUCAUUACAAGUGUCUGUGCUUUCUUAGACUCAUAUGUGCUCAUAUCUUUGGUCACACAAGUCUUUGUAUCAGUAAAAGUAAAUAUAAUUGGCAGUGUUAGAGAUAUGCAUUAAAGGGGCUAUUUGUAAGUUUUGCUAUUGCUACAUAGCCAGCGUUAACAGUUGACUCACCAGUCUAGAAGAAACAUUGCGAGUUCAGCAUCAAACUUCAUCCCUUUACCCACCAAGAGCUGUCUCCAGCGGUGGAAACCAAGGCCAAUGUCAGCCAAGCCUUGUCUUUUCUUCUCCUGAAGUUAACAUGCUAACCAGAAGAAGAAGUAGUGCUGCCCAGAGGGCGUAUUAUAACCUCUUGUCUUGUAAACGCAACGAUGGCCAGCGCUCUUGCCAAGCGACUAUUACCACUCCUUGAUGCCAGCAAGAAACCACAUUUGGUGGCAGAGAAAACUUACAAAUAGCCCCUUCAAAGGGACUAUUUGCAAGUUUUGCUGU